AUGGGUAUUCCCAGAAAUAUAACAUGUCAGGAAGACAUAUCUGGGAGAGAAACUCCUUCAUUUGCAUCAAAGUUGUCAGAAAUAACAGUGUUUGUUAGGUUCAACUCCAGCCAUGGUUUCCCUGUGGAGGUCGAUGCAGAUACGAGCAUCUUCCAGCUCAAGGAGGUGGUUGCUAAGCGACAGGGGGUUCCAGCUGACCAGUUGCAUGUGAUUUUUGCAGGGAAGGAGCUUAGGAAUGACUUGACACUGCAGAACUGUGAUUUGGAUCAGCAGAGUAUAGUUCAUGUGGUACAGAGAGCCCAGAGAGAUGAUCGGAAAGGGGAUAUAUCCAGGCAGGACAAUCCUGGACACUCUAGAGGAGUCAUAGGCGGAGAACCUGAGAGCUUAACUCGAGUGGACCUCAGUAGCAGCAUCCUCCCUGCUUACUCUGUAGGCCUGGCUGUUAUUCUGGAGAAUGAAGACAAGGAUGAUUCUCAUCAAGCUGGACAUGCAGGUACCCCCACUUACAACAGCUUCUAUGUUUUCUGCAAAGGACGUUGUCAAGGUGUUCAGCCAGGAAAACUCAGGGUAAGAUGCAGCACCUGUAAACAGGCAACGUUGAUCUUGGACCAGGGUCCAUCAUGCUGGGAUGAUGUCCUAAUUUCGAACAAGAUGAGUGGCAUUUGCCAUUUCCCAGAUUGCAAUGGAACUGGAGCAGAGUUCUAUUUUAAAUGUGGUGCACACCCAACCUCUGCCAAUGAGACAUCGGUGGCUCUGAACCUGAUUACGACAAACAGUCGCAGUAUCAGCUGUAUUACAUGUACUGAUGUCAGAAAUCCUGUGUUGGUGUUCCAGUGUAUCCAUCGCCACGUUAUUUGCCUAGAUUGUUUCCAUUUAUACUGUGUGACAAGAUUGAAUGAUCGACAGUUUAUCCAUGAUCCAGUGCUUGGUUAUUCCCUUCCUUGUGUGGCUGGCUGUCCAGACUCCUUGAUUAAAGAGCUUCAUCACUUCAGAAUUCUUGGGGAAGAACAGUACAACCGAUAUCAACGCUAUGGAGCUGAGGAAUGUGUCCUGCAGAUGGGGGGCGUCCUCUGCCCCAGUCCAGGGUGUGGAGCAGGUCUGCUCCCCGAACCAGAAGUAAGAAAAAUAACAUGUGAGCCGAGCAACGGCCUGGGCUGUGGAUUUGAAUUCUGCCGUGAAUGUAAAGAAGAAUACCAUGAAGGAGAAUGCAACACCCUCUUUGAAGCCUCAGGAGCAGCAGCCCAGGCCUUUAUGGUGAAUGAACAAGCUGCAGAGAAAGCAAGAUGGGAGGAAGCCUCCAAAGAAACAAUCAAGAAAACAACCAAACCUUGUCCCCGUUGCCAUAUACCAGUGGAAAAAAAUGGAGGAUGCAUGCAUAUGAAAUGUCCUCAGCCUCAAUGCAAGUUUGAAUGGUGCUGGAACUGUAGCCUAGAAUGGAACCGAACCUGCAUGGGAGAUCACUGGUUUGAUGUGUAG